UUUUCCGCCAAAUUCCACUUAUAUUUCUCAAAAGCCCCAUCAAAACCUAAAAAUAUCAGCAAAAGUCCCAAACACGCAGCAGUUACAAUCUCAGACAAAAAAUCGUAAAUAUAUGCACUGUAAUCCACGCUGCAUUGGCCCCAGCAGCUCAUAUAUAUACACACACAAACUGUUGUAUCUCUAUAUACUCUGAGUACUUGCAGUAGUCUUUAUUCUUCCACUCCACAAAACUCUCUCUCUCUCUAGGUUCCUUUGUUUCUCUCUCCUACUUUGCUUUUUCAGUCACGCUUUGAAAAAAGUGGAAAAAGUUGGACGAGAGAGACUUGUGCUGCCAUGUAAAUUACGUGUAGCUUUGAAGCAAGAACCCUAACGUGGUUAAAAGCUUUUAUUCGGAGUAGUUGAGCUGCUUUUCGUGCUGGGCCUCAUUGUGCUCCACCAGAUCUGAACUGAUUCGAGUCAUUGCAGCUUAGGUAAAUCUCCCAAAUGGAGGCUUCGGUGCCUGAGGAUUUGGUAGAAAUGCACAAGAGUGCCGAGCCGGAGGAGUCAGACACCAAAUCAGAGCUCCAGGAAGAAUCAUGUUCUGAGAGUGUGAAGAAAGCCCCCAAGGUGCUAAAGUCAAAUGUGGUAACAACACCCAAGAGCUCUGGUACAGCUGAGGCUUCUAAACGAAAAAUUGGUUCAAACUCCAAUUCAAACGAGAAAAGGUCAACAUUAACAAAACCAACUAUGAGCAGUGCCUUGCGCACUUCAGGAUCAGUUCCAGUGACUAGAAGGAGCAGCACUGGUGGUUUGCCUGAAAAACAGCCAAUGUCGAUCACAAAGCGGGAUAUUGGCCCUGCAGGUAAAAGGAUAAGCUCCCUAGCUUCCGAACCUCUGAGAAAAUCCCUUCCAGAAUUUCGGACUGGCAUGAUGUCAUCCACUGGCUCUAAGCCUCCUAGUAAACUGAACAUUUCAGAAACUCGAAAGUCAGUUCCUAUGUCACCUGUUCCCAGAACUCCAAGGACACCAGCUAGUUCUGAUUCAAACAAGGAAGAAUCGAGCAGAAGGACUUCGGUGAGAUCAUCUCAAUCUUCAGUUUCUUCAAUCAAGGGGAUCUCAUCUCCAUCACUAGAUAGCACUGGAAGUAGUAGUUCCAUUAACAAGUCGGUUUCAAAGACUUCUCAUCUCUCAACCCGGUCGCCUUUGGUAUCCAGUGGUUCUAAAUCUGGUAGUUCGAAAUCUCUGGACAGAAUUUCUAGUUUGGCUGGUCGUAGGAGAGUGGGUACUCCAGAAAGCCGGGACUCGCGCAUGAUUAUGCUUCCUCAAGUAGAGAUGAGAGUUGGUGAUGAUGUGAGAUUGGAUCUUCGGGGCCACAAGAUACGCAGUCUCAGUGCCGGUGGGUUGAAUUUGUCACCUAAUCUGGAGUUUGUUUAUCUCAGAGACAAUCUCUUGUCCACAUUGGAUGGUAUCGAAGUCCUGAAUCGUGUGAAGGUUCUUGAUUUGAGCUUUAAUGAUUUCAAAGGACCUGGUUUUGAGCCACUUGAGAAUUGCAAAGCACUGCAGCAACUUUAUCUCGCUGGAAAUCAGAUCACGUCCUUAAAGAGCCUUCCAGAGCUUCCUAACUUGGAGUUUCUGUCUGUCGCGCAGAAUAAGUUAAAAUCUCUUUCAAUGGCAAGCCAGCCUCGUUUACAGGUACUUGCAGCGAGCAAAAACAAAAUUUCAACCUUGAAAGGCUUCCCGUACUUACCGGCACUUGAGCAUUUGCGUAUCGAGGAGAAUCCCAUUCUUAAGAUGUCUCAUGUGGAAGCAGCUGCAAUUUUGCUUAUUGGUCCAACCUUAAAGAAAUUUAAUGAUAGAGAUCUAUCCCGUGAGGAGAUAUCAAUUUCCAAACGUUAUCCUUCACAUACUUCCUUGUGCAUUCGAGGUGGUUGGGAUUUAUGCCGUCCAGAACAAGCUGUUGAUUCCACAUUCAAGUUUUUGCUAGAACAAUGGAAAGAACAGCUUCCUUCUGGAUACUUGCUUAAGAAAGCUUCUGUAGGUCGACCGUUUGAAGAAGAUGCUUGCCGUUGCCACUUUGAGUUUGUUAGAGAUGCAGCUGAAGGUAGUGAUUCAGCACUAGACUUGAAAUACCAGUGGUUUAUUGGAGCACGAACUGCUUCAAAUUUCACAGAGAUUCCCGGCGCAUGUGGAGAGAUCUAUUUUCCCAAACAUGGUGACAUUGGGAAAAUCUUGAAAGUGGAGUGUACUCCUAUUCUGGGAGAUGCUGAAUAUCCCACUAUUUUUGCAAUAUCUCCACCUGUUUCUACAGGAACUGGAAUCCCUAAGGUCAUAAAGAUUAAUGUAAUUGGUGAGCUGGUGGAAGGAAAUACAAUCAAAGGGUUUGCUGGUGUUGCAUGGUGUGGGGGAACUCCGGGUAAAGGUGUUUCUAGCUGGCUUCGAAAAAAAUGGAAUAGCAGCUCUGUGGUAAUUGCAGGUGCCGAAGAAGAAGAAUAUCAGCUUACAUUAGAUGACAUAGAUUCAUGUUUGGUUUAUAUGUACACCCCUGUAACUGAAGAAGGUUCCAAAGGGGAGCCUCAAUGUGCCAUCACUGAUUAUGUAAAAGCAGCCUCUCCCUCUGUGAGUAAUGUGAAAAUUAUUGGAGAUGCCAUUGAAGGGUGUACAGUCAAAGGAAUAGGGGAGUAUUUUGGAGGAAAAGAAGGUCCCAGCAGUUUUGAAUGGUUGCGUGAGGAUAAGGAUACUGGAGAAUGUAUUUCGGUGUUGACGGGUACAAAUGAGUAUACAUUGACUAAAGAAGAUGUUGGACGACGAUUGGCAUUUGUUUAUGUACCUGUGAACUUUGAGGGGCAGGAAGGGAAAUCUGUAUCAGUGAUGUCGCAGAUGGUUAAGCAGGAUCUGGCUGCUGCUUUCACUUUUGAAGCUUCACCUACUUUUAUGUCCUUAUUGUGGAUUGCUUGGUGGCUUCACUAUGUUUAUUGGUCGUGGUUGUCAUUUAACUGGACUUUGUUCCAUUUUCUUCAUUUUCUUUAUGCAACAGCUCCACCGAAGGUAACAAAUUUAAAGAUAUUUGGUGAAUUGAAGGAGGGAAGUAAGAUUACUGUAACUGGUAUUGUCACUGGAGGAACUGAAGCUUCUAGCAGAGUUCAGUGGUUCAAAACCAGUUCGCCUACUUUUGAAGGUGAAAACAGUAUUGAAUCAUUAAGUACAUCCAAAAUCGCCAAGGCAUUUCGUAUACCUUUGGGCGCAGUUGGCAAUUAUAUAAUUGCAAAAUUUACACCAAUGACUCCGGAUGGUGAAGCUGGUGACCCAGCAUAUGUAAUUUCUGAAACAGCCAUUGAAACUCUUCCUCCAAGUAUUAACUUUUUGUCCAUAACCGGAGACUACUGUGAAGGUGGAGUAUUGACAGCAUCAUAUGGUUAUAUUGGUGGUCAUGAGGGAAGGAGUAUCUAUCAGUGGUAUUUUCAUGAGGUUGAAACCGACUCAGGUACUCCGAUACCAGAUGUUUCAGGUCUUCAAUAUCGGAUCCCAAAAGAUGCAAUUGGUAGAUUUAUAUCUUUUACAUGUACCCCUGUGAGGGAUGAUGGUAUAGUGGGUGAACCCAGAACUUGUGUUGGACAAGAACGUGUCCGUCCAGGAAGCCCGAGAUUGCUCUCUUUACAUCUUAUUGGCACUGCUGUUGAAGGCACUACCCUAAAUGUUGAAAAGAAAUAUUGGGGUGGUGAAGAGGGAGAGUCGGUUUACCGCUGGUUCCGGACUAGUUCAAGUGGUGCUCACAACGAAAUAAAAGGUGCAACUUCUUCAUCAUAUACGCUAUCUGUUGAUGAUAUAGGCUUCUUCAUAUCAGUUUCAUGUGAGCCAAUACGGAGUGACUGGGCUAGAGGCCCUAUUGUCCUUUCUGAACAAGCUGGACCUAUUGUGGCAGGGCCCCCAACAUGCCAGUUGCUUGAAUUCCAAGGAUCCCUGGUUGAAGGCUCACAACUCAGCUUCAUUGCUUCUUAUAGUGGAGGUGUGAAGGGGGACUGCUCAUGUGAGUGGUUCAGAGUGAAGGGAGAUGGUCAUAAAGAGAAACUUCAUGUAGGAGAAUUUCUAGAUUUGACACUUGAUGAAGUGGGAGACCGCGUGGAAAUUGUUUACACACCUGUCCGUGAUGAUGGCUUAAAGGGAUCCCCUAAAACAAUUGUUUCUUGUCCCAUUGCUCCUGGGGAACCUUUAGGAGUUGAAUUGGUAAUUCCCGAUUGCUGUGAGGGCAAGGAAGUGGUUCCUGAAAGAAGAUAUUUCGGAGGACAAGAAGGAAUCGGGAAGUUCAUCUGGUUUAGAACAAAGGAUAAGCUCGAUGAAUCUUCCCUGAAGGAACUGCCGAAUAUCGAAAAUGUCGACAUAUGCGGGCAGACAUUAUCGUACACUCCAUCUCUUGAGGAUGUGGGAUCUUAUCUAGUAUUGUAUUGGCUGCCAACACGGUCGGAUGGCGAAUGUGGCAAACCUUUGGUAUCAACUUGUAACUCUCCAGUUAUUCCAGCCCUUCCAAUAGUGAAAAAUGUUCGUGUGCAAAAGUUAUCUUCAACCACCUACCUUGGAGAAGGAGAAUAUUUUGGUGGGUAUGAAGGAGCAAGCUCUUUUAGCUGGUAUAGAGAAUCCGAUGAUGGAACAGUUCUUAUCGGUGGAGCUAAUUCCAAAACUUAUGAAGUCUCAGAGGAAGAUUAUAAUUGCAGAUUGUUGUUUGGAUUUACACCCGUUCGUUCAGAUUCAGUCAUUGGAGAACUUGUAUUAUCUGAGCCAAGUGAUGUAGUUUUGCCAGAGGUACCAAGAAUUGAAAUGCUAGCUCUUACUGGGAAAGCUGUUGAAGGCGAAGUAUUGACUGCUGUAGAAGUUAUCCCAAAGAGUGAAAAUCAGCAGCUUGUUUGGGGGAAGUACAAGAAAGAAGUGAGCUAUCAAUGGUUUUUGUCAUCUGAAACUGGGCCAGAAAAGUCAUUUGGACCAUUCCCAUCACAGAGGUCCUGCUCGUAUAAAGUGCGAUUUGAGGACAUUGGUUGCUGCCUCAAGUGUGAAUGCAUAGUCACUGAUGUGUUUGGAAGACCAAGUGAGCUGGCGUAUGCUGAAACUGCUGCAGUUUUACCAGGAGUUCCGAGAAUGGACAAGCUGGAAAUCGAGGGUCGAGGUUUCCACACAAACUUAUAUGCCGUGCGUGGCAAUUAUAGUGGUGGGAAGGAAGGAAAAAGCCGGAUUCAGUGGCUCAGAUCUAUGGUUGGAAGUCCUGACCUCAUCUCUAUCCCUGGAGAGACUGGAAGAAUGUACGAGGCUAAUGUUGAUGAUGUAGGCUACAGGCUUGUUGCUAUUUAUACUCCUGUAAGAGAUGAUGGAGUCGAGGGACAGCCCGUUUCUGCAUCUACGGAUCCUAUUUCAGUUGAGCCCGAUGUUCUUAAGGAAGUGAAGCAGAAGUUAGAUCUUGGAUCCGUGAAAUUUGAGGUUCUGUGUGACAAGGAUCGAUCUCCUAAAAGGGUACCUGGAAUGGGAAGUCUCGAGAGAAGAAUCUUGGAAGUGAACAGAAAACGGGUCAAGGUUGUAAAACCUGGCUCCAAAACUUCAUUCCCAACAACUGAAAUUCGCGGAAGUUAUGCUCCUCCUUUCCAUGUUGAGCUAUUCAGAAACGACCAACAUCGUCUUAGAAUCGUUGUGGACAGUGAGAAUGAAGUUGAUUUGAUGGUGCAGACUCGACACCUUCGUGAUGUCAUUGUUCUUGUGAUUAGAGGUCUUGCCCAGAGAUUCAACAGCACAUCUUUGAAUACUCUUCUCAAGAUAGAGGCAUAAAAAUUAAAAGGCCUUGCAAUGUGGAUGUAAAAAUACUCUCUGUUAGUGUNGGUUAAUUUAUGUUUUUAUU